GUGUUCUUUUGCAGCCUGUUCUUCACUCACACUCGCGCUCAGCAGAGAUUCAGAGGUGGAGGGCAAAGAUUCUCACUGGGGGAAGAAAAGAAAGAGAAGAGAUUUUUCUUCCUCCUCUCGCCAAGAAAGAAAGAAAGAAAGAAAGAAAGAGAGAGAGAGAGACGUAAACAAGAAAAGAAAAGAGGUAGAAAUAUAGGGUUCAUCUUGCAGGGAGGGGGUUCGCCUGUGUUGACAGAUGGAGCGGGUGCGGUGCGAGGGCGAGGGCGACCCCCCGGAGCGACCCGGCCCACUGAGCGACAAGGAGAGGCUGAUGAUCCAGGACUCAUGGGCAAAGGUCUACCAGAACUGUGAUGACGUUGGGGUGGCCAUACUAGUCAGGCUGUUCGUGAGCUUCCCCUCAUCCAAGCAGUUCUUCAGCCAGUUCAAGCACAUCGAGGAGCCGGAGGAGCUGCGGAGGAGCGACCAGUUGAGGAAGCACGCGCGCAUGGUCAUGAGCGCCCUCAACGCGCUGGUGGAGAGCCUCGACGACGCGGACAAGGUGGCCUCGGUGCUCCGGCGGGUGGGCAAGGCGCACGCGCUGCGACACAAGGUGGAGCCCGGGUACUUCAAGAUCCUGUGUGGCGUGAUACUGGAGGUCCUGGGAGAAGAGUUCUCAGGGGUCAUGACGCCGGAGGUGGGCGCGGCCUGGACCAAACUCUUCGCAGCGGUUUACCGCAUGAUCACGGCCGUCUACGAGGAAGAGGGCUGGACGAAGCUCUCCACCUCAACCGGGUGAAGCUUCUGGUCCCGAGUUGAUUUGGACCACGAGAGACUUUUUAACGUUCAGCCAGCGGCCUCCUGAGAGCGGGAUUGAUCAACUGUACCUGACCUUUGACCUGAAGCAAUGUAUCGGGGGGCCUUUAAGGGGGAUACGGUUUAAUGUAGGGGCUGCGGGACAUAUACUCUAAAUAAGAAACUGGUACUUUUUGUCCUUUUCAUGGGUAACUGUGUGUGAGAGAGAGAGAGACAGAGAGAGAGAGAGAGAGAGAGAGACUGCAAACAUAAACCCAACAGUGGUCACUCACAUUAGACUUGGAUGUGCCUUCUACCGAAUGUGUAUAUCUAAAAAAAAAAAAAACCCUGCUCUUUAAAUACCGUUCUUAUUAAAUAUCAUGUGACUUUCCCUUGUGUCCGCUUUAUGGGAUAUUUUCAGAGGACAUUUUUUUACAUUUUCUAAUGAUUACUUGUGACGGUUGUACAUUCUUUUUCCCACGAUGACUCAACUUUCUAUCUGUACUUAACAUAACUUUUAAAUAAAAAAUACAA